UAUAUUCGCAACGAUACUUUUGGCAAUCGUUGCAGCUUCUAGAAUAACAACACUGUGCACAGCUAUCGAUAACUAGCGUGCGUGCUGGCGAUAUACUCCGCUUACAAUAACAACUAUGCUAAUUUGGGGAGAGUGCGAUCAACAAUCAACAGCAUUGACCCCUCUCAGACGAACAUUAGCCCCCAAAUUGAUAACGAUGUUCUGGUUUCUGUUCAAUGAACAACAUCUUUCUAAUUGAAAGUCCAGCAUCGUCGUCAACAACAUCAACAUGUUCAGCGCAAGGAGCAUCCGCAACUUGAUCAUCUGCUGCACAAUCAUUGCCACAGUCAAUGGCGCCAAUAAACUUGUGAUACACUAUGGACGCUGCAAUGUGGGCAGCGAGGCGGGAUAUUGUCAGCAUCGCCACCAAUGCUGGGAGCAGCCCAACGUCGACUUCAAUAGCGCGAGUCGGAGUCGUUGUGUCAGCCAAGUGCACAGUGAUUUGGUAUGCUGUCGCCGCGCUCCAGUCGUCGAGGCAUUCGCCAUGCAAUACAGAUUGCAGCUGCCACAACCCGGAGUAUGUGGCAAUUCAGAGUUUGAUAAUCGCAUCGUAGGGGGCGAAAACACCAGCAUCACCGAGUAUCCAUGGAUGGCAUUGCUACGCUAUACCAACGAUGGCGCCGAAUAUGACAGUCUUUGUGGUGGCUCGCUCAUCCAUGAGCGUUGGGUGCUGACUGCAGCGCAUUGCGUGACCAGUCGCGAUGCGGAUCAGCAAUUGCGACAGGUUCGUCUAGGUGAAUGGAAUACCACCAGCUCGCCCGAUUGUCAAGUGUUCAAGACCAAUCGAAUCUGCGCUCCGCCACAUAUUGAUGUCAACAUCGAUCGCAUCAUUGUGCAUGAACAGUACACGCCAGAGAACAACUAUGCCAACGAUAUUGCGCUGUUGCGUCUCAAUCGUAGCGUCACCUUUACUGACUUUGUGCAGCCGAUUUGCCUGCCCGCCGCAAGCAACAGUGUAGAGUACGCCUAUGCUGGCUAUGCCAUGGAAAUAGCCGGCUGGGGCAAGACGGAUCAAGCGCUUUUCAGCGUCAGUCCGGUGAAGAAGAAGGCUGAAAUCACGGCGAUAUCGAUUGCCAGCUGCAAAGUGGUUUAUCCGCAGCUUGUCAACGGUCAAAUAUGCGCUGGCGGUGAUACGAAAGAGAGCACAUGUCGUGGCGACUCCGGCGGUCCGCUCAUGUUGCAAGACAACUUUGAGAGCAGUGGCAAUUUCUACUUAACGGGCAUCAUCUCGCUGGGCUCGAGCAAUUGCAACGGUGUUGGAAGUCCGAGGGUCUUCACACGCGUCGAGCACUAUAUAAACUGGAUCAUGGGAACCAUCAGCGCCAACAGUAGCUAAACGAAUAAACAAAUUCCGUUAGAUUUAAGUUUGUGUGUGUUUAUAUAUAUAUAUUUAUAUGGAUUUUGGGAAGUAGUUGCGGGAGUAGAAGCCCCUACGAAAAAAAAAACAAAAUUCUAGGCAUUUGUAUAGCUGUGUCUCUUCACUCUUCUAAUCUCGUCGACUGCGCUUGCGAUCUGAAUGGCUGCCACGUUCGUUCUUCUCGUCUGCACGUUUAGGCGCCUUUUUGGCCAUAUUCAAGAACUUAUCCAAGCCAAAUGGAUCCUCCUCCUUCUCAAACUCGACGGGACCACUGCGUUGAGCUGCAGCGCCACCCGCAUCCCUUGAGCCACCGGCACCCGAGAAUUGUUUGUCGGGAACAAAUCGUUUUGUAUUGACAAUGGUGUCCAGAUCGCCGCCAUAGUUGUCACUAUCCGCCUGCUUGCUGGGCCGAUAGAUGUGCGCACCCAUCGUAUUGGAAUCACGCCAAGGCUUAUCAUACACAUUGUACGCCUCAUCGUCCCCAUAUCCCGAGUCCAUGCCUUUGGUGGUGUUGAACAGCCGUUGAUCGAACAAAGUUUCGCCGUUGCCCGCACUCUUCGCGGGCAAACCCAGAGCAAUCUGUUCGGAUAUAUCGCGUUCGCGUUCCCGUUGCAGUUUGGUGCGCUUCUCUGGCGCGGCACGUUGUAGAUUGCGAUCACGUUGUCGUUCCCUUUGCCGUUCCGCACGCAAAUCGUUGCGUUCCCGCACAUCAAUACCACCACCAGCACCACCCGACGAGCUGCUUGGUACAUCCGCCUCAGGAUUGCGCAGACCAGCACGCUCUUCACGCGCCCGUUGCGCCAUCAUGCGCAACAUA